AUGUACAUCCCAGCCUUGACCCCGGAGAAGGGAGACCAGGGCAAGAAAAGCCAACGCGGGUCAUGGCAUCCUUUGGGCUCCGUCCGAGAGUCAGAGAUCUCGGACUGGUCAGAUGUUAGUCUACCUGAAAUUAUCGAGAUGAAACAGGAUCCGAACUAUCACCCGCGGAGGUGGUCACGCACAAGCGACUACAGUAGUGGCGCCAGCACUAUGACCUCUCAGACCCAAUACGAGAGCAGACUGGCUUACGGCCUGAUCUUUGACCGAACCAAUGGAAAGCUUCACGUCCGGGUCAUUCAGCUGGGUAACUUCCGGGUCAUGGAUCCUGACGGGGUCAUGGCUCCCUACGUGAAAGUGUGCGUCUAUAGGCGACCAAAACAUUUCUUCAAAUUCAAAACAAAGAGCCCCAGAGAACUACAUCGCAGUCAUCUCACAGCCGAAGCACAGACUAAAAUCCUCAGACGAUCAGACAACCCUGUUUUCAACGAAACACUGACUUUCAACGUUGACCCUACAGACAUCAGCCCUUACGCCCUGAAAUUUUUAGUCUGUGAUUUUGACAAGUAUUCUCGACACGUCAACAUUGGCGAAGUCACGUGCGAUCUCUCCAAGAUGGAGUUGACUUCCGGGCAAGAAGUUCUAUUUAAUGACCUGCUGUUGGAACCCCAGGAGGAAGACCUCGGAGAGCUUCACGUGGCCCUGAUGUACCUGCCGACCUCGGAGAAGCUCAACGUGACCAUACUUGAUGCUAAAGACCUUCGACUCACCGAAAGUCCCAGGAGAAACACGGAUGUUUACACAAAGAUCGUUCUCAUGUAUGAUGGGAGAUCGUUGAAGAAAACAAAAACUGCUGCGAAACCCAGUCAGGCCAACCUUAUGUUCAACGAAAGCUUUGUGUUCGAUGUACCGGUGUAUCAGUUGGACAAAGUCUACUUUAUUAUAACCACCAUAGAGGUUGAGAAGGAGAAAGGUGGCCGAUAUUUGCUGGGACGUUCCUACAUCGGAGUGAACUUCGACCCCAGAGCCAAAGCUCAGUGGCUAGAGAUGGUCCAGAACGCCAGAAAGCAGGUGGCUUGUUGGCACAAGUUACAGUACUGA